AUGUACGGAGCGCCCGCGACAAUCACCCCGGCCCGGUUUGGGGAAUGCUGGUCGAGUGUGAGAUGGCCAGACUUGAUCGACCCCAAAGCCUGCUUGGAAGGACGAUGGUCAAAUGAGAUUCUCGCCUUUGGAUUCUCGUUCGCUUACAGCGGCGCACUGCGUUGGCACUGGACGUACGGAUACAUAGUUCCAUUGGGUCUCGAGAGUCUGAACACGAAAAAGGGCUGGAGGGGUAUCUCGUGUCUUGUCCGAACAUCAGCGACAUGUUACAAACAUUCCCGUCCCGAAGUGGACAGCCAUCAAGAACCAUCGACAAUUAAAUUGACGACAAGCACAAUGGAAUACACGUCAAAGGUGACGAUGGGACACUUGCACAUUCUUGGAAUCCAGUCGGCAAUUAACCCAAAAACCGGGCAUGAUAAUGAGACAUGUUCCGCUGCCUUGGUCUGCAGAGGCGCGAUGAACAACCGCGCUCCUUCCUGUUCCUAA